AUGGAACAUUCACGUGAUAGAGCUGCUGGUGGAUCUGUCAAUAGUCCUCCAUGGUUCGAUGGUGGAUGUGAAAAAUAUACUCAGUGGAAGAUAUACAUGAAAUCAUAUCUCUACGCUCAAGAUGAACAUGUGUGGAAUAUUGUGGAAAAUGGAUGGACUGUACCUGUGAUAAAAGCAAAAGGAGAGAGCUCUUCCAUUGUCACUCCCAAACCAAGGAAGGACUGGACUGAAGAAGAAGUUCGUGAUCUGCAAGCAGACUUCAAAGCCAAGAACAGCAUCUUCACAGCUCUAUCUGAGCGAGAAAAACUAAGAAUCAGUCAUUGUGAUACUGCCAAGCAUGCAUGGGAUCUUCUACAGACUACAUACGAGGGAAAUAAAAAGGUACGUGCUCAGAAAUUACAAGCCUUGAUCUUUGAAUUCGAGACAAUGACCAUGGGAGAUGAUGAAACAGUAGAUGACUUUCAUGGUAGAAUUCUUAAAAUCUCUGGUCAAUGUCGUAGUCUGGGGGCACCCUUUGAUGAAGACAAGAUUGUCAAAAAGAUACUCAGAGCUUUACCAGAAAAAUUUCAUUCAAAAGUCACAAGUAUAGAGGACUCAUUUGAUAUUGAUGAAUAUCCACUCGAUGAACUCAUCGGAAAUCUUAAAACUUAUGAAAUGAGAUUGAAGCCUGAGAAGAAAAAUAAAGGUGUGGCCUUCAAGGCAGUCAAAGGAGAAGAAGAGGAGACACUGGAUCUUGCGCUAUUGACAAAGGAAUUUAAAAAAUUCCUCAAAAACAAGAACUCAUCCAGAAAUCCCAACACAUCUAAGAAAAACUCCUACAAUGGCAGUAGCAGCAGUGAUUACAAUAGCAAGAAUGGGAAAGCAAACUUCAAGGGAACUCAUUCAGGUAAAACUAAGUGUUAUGAGUGCGGUGGCUACGGUCAUAUUUCCACUGACUGUGGAAAUAGGAAGCAUGGAAAUAGCAACAAUAAAUCACUUCUCUCAACCUGGAGUGAUGAUGAGUCUCAGGAAGUGGAAAAUGUUGCGUUUGUAUCAUCACUUCUACCUGACUCCGACAGUGAUGAAGCCUUCUCUGAUGAUGAAACAAAUAUCCGCUGCAGACAACUCUACAAAGCUUCAAAGGCAACUCUCCUCAGAAACUUGAGUUUGGAAAAGGAAGUUGAAUUCCUGAGAACCGAAAAAGAAAAAUUAGAGAAACUUUUGGAAACAUCACAAUCUGCAUGGGAACUGGAAAGAAGCAAACAUGUAGGUGAACUAGCAGAUUUGCAAGAUGACCAGAAGUCUUCAACUUGGAAGACUGAAAAGACUGAGUAUCUCAACAGAAUCAAAAUGCUAGAACUAGAAGUUAAAGGACAACAAGUAUUGAACUUGGAAUUAUUGACUAAAGUUGAGUCCUUGCAAGAUGAGUUACGAUCAACUCAAGAAAAGUUCACCAAGUUCGAUGUUAGCUCCAUUUCCAUGUCCAAGUUGCUUGGAUCAGGAAAAGCUCCUCAUGACACUUCUGGAUUAGGGUACAAUGGAGAAAGUUCCAAGAGCACGAAGUUCGUAAGAGCAUCGAGAUCAUCUGUAGAAAAGAAAGAAGCUUCCAUGGAUAAUCAAGCCACAGUUAUGAAGAAACGGAGGGAAGAUCAACCACCACCAAAUUGUCAGGUAAUACUUGACCAAGAAUCCACCACUAGUCGAAACAGGUACGCAAACUCUAGAACUUUUAUUCCUACUUGUCAUCACUGUGGUAAGAUAGGACAUAUCAGACCUAGAUGUAAUGAAAGAUUUUCAAACUCACUAUUUUCUCAAGAAAAGUGUACUGUUGAAUCUCUAAAGUGUGAACUUGAAGAACAAAAGGAACUCAUUAACAAACUAACUGAACUGUUCUAUAAGAAAGAUCCUCAAACUGAAAGAAGAAAAGAUGUCUGGACUAAGAAAAAUGGAUUUGAUACUACAUGUCUCUUUGCAUGUGCUAAUUCAGCUCACAUUGAGGCAACUUGUUUGGUAGCCUUGACUGCUCUAGCUGAAAAGCGACGAGACUUUUGGUAUGUUGACAGUGGCUGCUCUAGACACAUGACUGGAGACAAAACCUGGUUCACUUCCUUUGAAGAUGAACACACAACUGGAUCCGUCACUUUUGGAGAUGGGCGGAAAGCAAAUAUACUAGCUCGAGGUACGGUUAACACUCCAGGUAUACCCAAUCUCAAAAAUGUAUUAUUCGUCGAAGGGUUAACUGCAAAUCUUAUCAGUGUCAGCCAUUUGGCUGAUGACUAUGAAGAUGUUUAG